AUGUACGAGACUGGAGAUGAGGGGACGGGGAGGGACGAGGACGAUGCAGGGGAUGGUGGCACUGAAGCGGAUCAGUUUGUAAUGAGGACGUUGCUGAUUGACAACUACGACAGCUACACCUUCAACCUCUACCACCUGCUUGCUGACGUUAAUGGAGGUGGUCCCCCCAGUGGCGGUGUGAAACAACGAGGUGUCCUGGGGCUGGGUUGGGAGUACCGCAAGGGCCUGCUGCUGCAUCAACGCCGCUCUCUCGCUAAAUAUCUGCCUGCCUGCAUACGAGUCUCUCCCUUUGUAUGUCUCCCCUUCCCCCAUCCACCUGCUGCAGUCCCCCCAGUGGUGGUGCGAAACGAGGUGCCCUGGGAGUACCUCAAGGGCCUGCUGCUACACCAGCGAAUCUCGUCCUCUGUAUAA